GGUCCCUCCGUGCGGGACCGGGUCCGUGCCACCCCCACCCUCCAGGGGGCAGGGCCUGUCUGCUCCGGCUUGGCUAAUGGUGGAGCCGCCCCAGCGUGUUGACCCGGGACCCGCCCGCCAGCUCCUGAAGCGACGCGCUGGGGGAAGCUGGCUCCGGCUGCUGGUUUUUUCCUUUAUUACGUCUAUUGAAGUCCUAAGAGUGGAAGUUGCUGCCAGAGAGAUGCAGGAGUGGAAGGGACCUUGGUAGAUCAUCCAGUCCUGUCCCCUGCACUGAGACAGGAUCAGGUACACUUUGUCGAUGUCAAAAGUACUUCAAGGAGAAAGCCAUACCCAAGACAUUUUGCAUAUGAAUCUUGAUAAUGACAGCUCAAGAAAAAGAAAUUGGGGAUUGUUGGUCACUGGCAUUGUUGGUGGGACAUUGGUGGUACUGUAUGCUGUUGCCACUCCAUUCAUAACUCCAGCACUGAGAAAAAUUUGCCUUCCUUUUGUACCUGCAACUUCAACUCAGAUUGAAAAUGUUUUGAAAAUGUUACAGUACAGAAGUGGAUCUCUGGUUGACAUAGGUAGCGGCGAUGGACGUAUUGUGAUAGCAGCUGCAAAAGAAGGAUUCAAAGCUGUUGGUUAUGAAUUAAAUCCCUGGCUAGUCUGGUACUCCAGAUAUCGUGCUUGGAGAGAAGGGAUGCAUCAUAAUGCCAAAUUUUAUAUUUCAGAUUUGUGGAAGGUUAGCUUUUCCCAGUAUACAAAUGUUGUUGUUUUUGGGGUACCUCAAAUGAUGCCACAGUUAGAGAAGAAGCUUGAAGAAGAACUUGAUCACAAUGCCAGAGUUGUUGCCUGCCGUUUUCCUUUCCCACAUUGGAUGCCAGAUCAUACUACUGGAGAAGGAAUAGACGUGGUGUGGGCCUAUGAUUCAAAAGCUUUCAAAGGAAAUGAAAAGACGCUCAGAAACUGUGCAAAAGAUGCAUCCUUUGCACCCCCGACCGACCUCACCGAGGCCGGCCAGGAGCACCCACGUCUGCCCAAGCGCCCCCGACCAACCUCACCGAGGCCAGCCAGCAGCACCCACAGGACGACGAUGACAGAUACCAGUCAUACUGCACCAUCUGCCGUCCGCAAGGCAAGGCAAGGGGAUGCUGCUGUUUAGUGCUGCAGUACCACGUCUGCCAGCAGCAUCCAGUAGAAAUACGGUGACAGUGAAAAAAGGCGAGAAACAAAUUUUUCCUGUUGCUUUCACGGAGGGGAGGGGGAGGCCUGACGACAUGUACCCAGAACCACCCGCAACAAUGUUUUUGCCACAUCAGGCAUUGGGAGCUCAACCCAGAAUUCAAAUGGUUGGCGGAGACUGCGGGAACUGUGGGAUAGCUAGUCAUCAGUCGCCCCUCCCUCCGUUAGAGCAACUGCAGACAAUCGUUUCGCACCUUUUUUCCGCGCAGACGCCAUAGCACAGCAAGCAUGGAGCCCGUUCAGCUCAUGGCAGCAGUUAUGAGCAUUGUAAACACCUCGCACAUUAUCCUGUAGUAUGUGAAGAACCUGCAAAAGCAGGCGAGGAGGCGAUGACAGCACGAUCACGAUAGUGAUGAGGACAUGGACACAGACUUAUCUCAAAGUGCGGGCCCCGGCAAUGUGGACAUCAUGGUGUUAAUGGAGCAGGUUCAUGCCAUGGAACGCCGAUUCUGGGCCCGGGAAACAAGCACAGACUGUUGGGAUCACAUAGUGUUGCAGGUCUGGGAUGAUUCCCAGUGGCUCCGAAACUUUCGCAUGCGUAAGGACACUUCCAUGGAACUUUGUGACUUGCUUUCCCCUGCCCUGAAGCGCAAGAAUACCAAGAUGAGAACAGCCCUUACAGUUCACAAGAGAGUGGCGAUAGCCCUCUGGAAGCUUGCAACGCCAGACAGCUACCGGUCAGUCAGAGAUCAAUUUAGAGUGGGUAAAUCUACCAUGGGGGCUGCUGUGAUCCAAGUAGCCAAUGCAAUCACUGAGCUGUGGCU